UCUGCCCCCGCCCCUCCCUUCCGUGACCUACCCACUCCUUGCAGCCCUCGCCCGCACCUUCUCCAACACCCCGGCAUCCCUGCACCACCUGCUCGGGCAGCCCCGGCGGGCUCUGGGACUUGCUGUGAGCGCCGAAAGGAAGGCAGGCUCCGAACCCGUGCCUGGUUGACGGGCUGUCGCGGCUGCACCACAGCCGGAGGAGGAGAAGAAACUAUUUCGCCCACCGAAACCCCAUUCUGCGGGUGCUUCGCAGCUGCCGCUUCUGCUGCCUCCAAUCCAGUCCGAGGGUUCGAUCACCGCAGCGGCGGGGACCGUGCGUCCAGCAGGCGCCGGGAGGACACCGGCGGAUCCCUGCACUCUGGUGUCCCACUCACCAGCAUCUCCUUGCCCCCUCGUUCCUUCCCUAACCCAUUAGAGAAGGGACCAUGAUUUGGAAACGCAGCGCCGUUCUCCGCUUCUACAGUGUCUGCGGGCUCCUGCUACAAGCGGCUGCUUCAAAGAAUAAAGUUAAAGGCAGCCAAGGGCAGUUUCCUCUAACACAGAAUGUAACGGUUGUUGAAGGUGGAACUGCGAUUUUGACCUGCAGGGUUGAUCAAAAUGAUAACACCUCCCUCCAGUGGUCAAAUCCAGCUCAACAGACUCUGUACUUUGAUGACAAGAAAGCUUUAAGGGACAACAGGAUUGAGCUGGUUCGAGCUUCCUGGCAUGAAUUGAGUAUCAGUGUCAGUGAUGUGUCUCUCUCCGAUGAAGGGCAGUACACCUGUUCCUUAUUUACAAUGCCUGUCAAAACUUCCAAGGCCUAUCUCACUGUUCUGGGUGUUCCUGAGAAGCCUCAAAUUAGCGGAUUUUCAUCACCAGUCAUGGAGGGAGACCUGAUGCAGCUGACUUGUAAAACCUCUGGUAGUAAACCUGCAGCUGAUAUAAGAUGGUUCAAAAAUGACAAAGAGAUCAAAGAUGUAAAAUAUUUAAAAGAAGAGGAUGCAAAUCGCAAGACAUUCACUGUCAGCAGCACACUGGAUUUCCGAGUGGACCGGAGCGAUGAUGGCGUGGCUGUGAUCUGCAGAGUAGACCAUGAGUCCCUCAAUGCCACCCCUCAGGUGGCCAUGCAGGUGCUAGAAAUACAUUAUACACCAUCAGUUAAGAUUAUACCAUCCACUCCUUUUCCACAAGAAGGACAGCCAUUAAUUUUGACUUGUGAAUCCAAAGGAAAACCACUGCCAGAACCUGUUUUGUGGACAAAGGACGGUGGAGAAUUGCCAGAUCCUGACCGAAUGGUUGUGAGUGGUAGGGAGUUAAACAUUCUUUUCCUGAACAAAACGGAUAAUGGUACAUAUCGAUGUGAAGCCACGAACACCAUCGGCCAAAGCAGUGCAGAGUAUGUUCUCAUUGUACACGAUCCCAAUGCUCUGGCUGGCCAGACUGGCCCUGAUCAUGCUCUUAUAGGAGGAAUAGUGGCUGUAGUUGUAUUUGUCACGCUGUGUUCUAUAUUUCUGCUUGGUCGAUAUCUGGCAAGACAUAAAGGAACAUACUUAACAAAUGAAGCUAAAGGGGCUGAAGAUGCACCAGAUGCUGACACAGCCAUUAUCAAUGCUGAAGGCAGCCAAGUCAAUGCUGAAGAGAAAAAAGAGUAUUUCAUUUAAAAUGCAGGCCAAGAUUAUGAGUUUUCUUUACCAGGCUGGCUGCUGGAGAAAACUGGCUAUCAUCUUUCAGAAUUCAUUUCUACCAUCUUCUGCUACCUUUAUUAACUUCCAUACCGUACUGCUAUCAGUAGCCAGUGUAUACCAACAAUCAGCUGUGGAAAGCAUCAUUCUUUAAUUACUGUACCAUCCAUAAUGCAGGACAUUUCUUACUGCCUAAAUUCCACACCAUUGCUCUUUUAACAUACAGUGCUUGAAUAUACAGCCUUAACAAUGUUAAUCAUCUCCUUGGAUCAUGGUAUUGAAUUGUUUUUAUACGUUGAAAAAAGUAUGCAAAGGUGGUUUUUUUUUUUUUUUACCCCCAUUUUUUUCCCUUUAAAUCAUAAAUUUUGUCAGUGUACCACUGGACAGUUUUCACAAGGAACAGGAUUAGGUAAAGACCUAAUGCAUCUAAGUUUAUUCAGAAAUUAGAGGUUUACAACAAUGUUUUCUACAUGUCUGCCUUCAAAGACAUGUUUGGAAACAUACGCCCUAGAAAACACAACUGAAAAUACUGUAGAAUAGAUUCUGGAAUGUUUGAGAUAAUAUUGGUGAAGCUGUAUCAAUUUGCUAUUUAAAAAUAUAGUAUUUGAUACAGGAGCCAUGUGUGUAUGCAUUGCAAUCAUGACAUGACAUCUUAUAUAAUUAUAUAGAUCUGACCAUUAGGUUAUUUUAGUUUCAUUUACCAAAACAUUUUUACCAACAUUUUACUGCUUCAGGAAUCACAAAGAUUUCAUUCAUUUUUCUAAUUUGAUUCUAUAAUUUAUUUGCUCCAUAAAGACUCACCUGCCUAAACAAAAUUGAAGUAUCCAUAGGGCACAAUUUUGAGACAUUUAGUAUCUGUAUAUAGUGCAUAUAAUAAAUCCAAUUAAAC